UCAUCAUUACAAUCCCAUUUCAUUAUCAACUCAAAAUUCAAAAUUUACAAAAGGAGCCACUCGUGACUCGACCGUUUGAAGCCAUUGCAGUCAAUUUCUGCAAUUUCAAACUAAAUCCAGACUCCUUUUACGGGUUUCAAUCGAACAAUCAUGAAGCGGAGACAUGGAUGGCAACGGCCACUACAUCCUCUACAGAUAGUUGGAAUGUCGAUUUAUGGUGUUUUAGUUGUGGCGUUUUAUACGUUUCUAGGGCUUUUAGUUGGUAGCAGAGUUGCUGUGAUUGUUGUCACCUCGAUCUUCUCUUUUACGGCACUUGCAGUCAUGUUUCUGUUUGUUCGGUGCACUGCAAUUAAUCCGACUGAUAAAACCAACUCCAGAAAGAAGAGGAAGAAGAAGGAAAACAGUUCAAAGCAGCUUAAUUAUGGUUCUAUAUUAGGUCACAUUAUUAUGAGUUUUUUCACUAGGAUUGAACGCAAGAUUCUCAAGAGAUUCACAAGGCAAAAGUACCUCUAUCCUUUGACUACCACAGCGCAAAUGGAACCUUUGCUUCCGUUCCCGCUUGUCAUCAAGGAUGAUUCAGUUUCACCGGGCCCGCUACAAGAUGAUAUCUCAUUUUGUGUCCUCUGUGAUUCUCAGGUUAAAAAGCAUAGCAAGCACUGCAGGACCUGCAAUCGUUGUGUUGAAGGGUUUGAUCACCACUGCAGGUGGUUAAACAAUUGUGUUGGGAAAAAGAACUAUCGGACGUUUAUUCUUCUCCUAAUCUUUGUCUUGUUAAUGCUUAUGAUAGAAGGAGGGACUGCGGUUGCCAUAUUUGUUAGGUGCUUUACGGAUGCAAAAGGAUUAAACAGGGAGCUUGUAGAUAAACUCCAUUUUCAUUUUCCAAGAGGACUUCUUGCAGCCAUUUGUGUUUUGCUGGUUCUAGUGACCGCUUACGGUUCAGCAGCUCUAGGGCAACUUUUUUUCUUUCAUGUUGUUCUCAUCCGAAAGGGAAUGAGAACUUAUGAUUACAUUAUGGCAAUGAAGGAAGAAAAUGAGUUACUAGAACAAGAAUUAUCCGAAGAAGAAGAUUCGGAUUAUUCUUCAGACGAAAGCAUAGAGUUCGAUUCCCCUGAAAAAACAAGAUUCAGAAUAUGCAGAGAGAGAAUACCAGAGACCCAACAAACACUUUCUGUAAGAAUCGAUAAAGAACCCGAAUCAACAAAGAAACCCGGGGGUUUUCGCGCAAGUAUAAGUCCAUGGAAGCUUAUCAAAAUGAGCCGUGAAACGGCUCAAUUAGCUGCCGACAAAGCCCGUGAAAGGUUCAUGAGACAAAAAACAAUCAAUGAACACGACGAAGAUGAUGAUGAGUCGCUUAAACCGCUACCACUGGAGACAAAAAAUGGUCCAUCAUUAAAGACAUCAAACAUGGAUAACAACAAAGGUACUGGUGUUACUCCACUUGUUGUAAAAGGAAUGCUUUCAAGUCCGAGAAGACGGUUUUCGGUUUCUCCAUCAUCGUCAAAACAGAAGUACAAGAAUAAUUUUGAUCUUAAGUUAACAGAGGUUUCGAGAGAGCUUGAUACGUAUAUUUCAAGGCAGGUUUUGUGUUCUGUUAUUAAGAAGGAUGAACCGUCUCCGAGAUAAUGUUUUCUCAGUCUUUGAGAAACAUAUGUAUUUGAUUAUUGUGUAUGUAUUUUGAUUUUCGACGAGUUUAUUUAUUUACAAUGUAAUGUUCAUAACUCGACA